CCGGGGUUUCCUUACAAGAGUAUCAAGGGCUUGACGUUCAGAGCUUCAGGAAGAUCCCACGCAAGGCUGAAGGAGCGCCUGCUGGCAGUAAGAUCUAAGAGAAAGAGACGGGGGGGGAGUGCGCUUUCGUUCCGUGCUACGGCGCGCUCUGGAAUACAGGAGCAACCCCCCGUGGCUGCCAACGCUUUCUCCAUCGGUCGUUGCAUGCGCAAUAGACGACUCAGAUGUCGAUUCCGCCUGUGCUGAAUUAGUUCGCAUCAAUUGCUGGCAUCUCCUUUCUGCGGACGGGCACGAAAUAGUCGUCGUUGUGAGGUGCAUCUGAGAGGGAAGGCCUGCUGAAGGAAGGGCGGGUGGGACUGGCUAGUCUCGGGCAGUGACAGGGGAAACCAAGCGGCUUUGGGGAGAUAGCAGGCGGAAAGCAGGACGGGUACUCGGACUUUGUUGUCCUCCUCUUCCUCACCACCUUCAUCCUUCCUCUUCCUCCCAGUCUGCUCUUCCUCCUCCUGUCCUGUGGCCCCGUCUGGAUGCCCUGCGUCCUCUCCGUCUCUCACCUGUAACAGAGGAACGGAACAGCAGCCAUGACAGACGCCGUGAUGGGCAUGAGGGGUGUCCACGCCAAUGACAAUGACCAGGGCAACUGGAGCACAGCGGCGGCUCCCAGCCCGGGCCCCGACCUGACAGACGAGGAGAAGGAGAUCAUCAACAGCGUGAUCGCCCGCGCCGAGAAGAUGGAGGCCAUGGAGCAGGAGAGGAUUGGGCGGCUGGUGAACCGUCUGGACGACAUCAAGAAGACGGUGUGCGGGGACGGUGUGUCCCGCUGCCUGCUGUGCGGUCAGCAGCUGGGCGUCCCCGGGGUUAGCUGUGUGGUCUGCGAAGACUGCAAAAAGAGCAUGUGCUCCAAGUGUGGAGUUCAGGCCAGCAGUAAACCCCGCGCCGUGUGGCUGUGCAACAUCUGCAGCGAACAGAGAGAGGUGUGGAAGCGGUCUGGUGCCUGGUUCUUUAAAGGCUUCCCCAAGCAGUUCCUGCCCUCACCCAUGCCCAUCUCCAAGCACAAACCGCCGGCGGCCUCACAGAUCAAAGCCCCUGCUGCUGCUGCUGCUGCCUCCACUCAGCCUCACACACAGGCCGCAGGUCCAGAGGAGACUCGCGCUGCCCCAGCCGGACCACAGCCUGCAAACACGGAGGUGUCGGGGCGUGCUGGUCACCCACCCGUGGCCGCGAAACCCAGCGUGGCUCCCAAACCGACGCUGCCUCCCAAACCGGCCGAGCCCUACGCAGCGGAGGACAGUCCCGUGGUGAUGAAGAGGGCCGUCACCGUCCAGAGCUCCAGACCCGGCCCCGCCGCGCAGGCCCCCGCGGCCCAGCAGGAGCCCGGCUUUCGAGAGCAGACAGCGCCCCCUGCUGUGAGGGAGGAGAGGAGGCAGCCCGCUGCCUUCAACCCCCCACCUGCCCGCCAGCCCCAGCCACGCCAAGAGGAGGCCGAUGACGACGCCAACGACUACGACUCCGAUGAAGGAACUACGCUGGGAGCCCUUGAGUUUAGCCUUCUAUAUGAACAGGAGAACAACAGCCUCCACUGUAACAUCAUUAGGGGCAAGGGUCUGAAGCCCAUGGACUCCAACGGACUGGCUGACCCCUAUGUCAAGCUGCAUCUGCUGCCUGGUGCCAGCAAGGCAACCAAGCUGCGCACGAAGACCCUCCGCAACACGAGGAACCCCAACUGGAACGAGACGCUGGUAUAUCACGGACUCACUGAGGACGACCUGCAGCGCAAAACCCUCAGGCUGUCCGUGUGCGACGAGGAUAAGUUUGGGCACAACGAGUUCAUUGGGGAGACCAGGGUGCCGCUGAAGAAGCUGAAGAUGAACCAAAAGAAGAACUUCAACAUCUGCCUGGAGAGAGUGAUCGCUACAAAGAGAACCGCCACGGCAGGAGGAGCUCGAGGCAUCGCGCUCUACGAGGACGAGCCGGGGAAAGAUGGAGAGGUGGAGGAGCGUGGUCGGAUUCUCAUCUCUUUGAUGUACAGUACCCAGCUGGGCCGCCUCAUCGUCGGGGUGGUGCGCUGCGUUCACCUGGCUGCCAUGGAUGCCAACGGAUACUCUGACCCCUUCGUGAAAAUUUUCCUGAAGCCUGACAUGGGGAAGAAGGCCAAGCAGAAGACUCAGAUCAAGAAGAAGACUCUGAACCCAGAGUUUAAUGAGGAAUUCAGCUAUGAAAUCAAACACGCAGAGUUGGCCAAAAAGACCCUGGGCAUUUCCGUUUGGGACUACGACAUUGGCAAAUCCAAUGACUACAUCGGCGGCUGCCAGCUGGGCAUCACGGCCAAAGGCGAGCAACUGAAACACUGGUACGAGUGCCUCAAGAACAAGGACAAGAAGAUUGAGCGCUGGCACACCCUGCUCAACGCGAACCACGACACCAGUGAUUAAGGGGGCUCCGUUGGGGCUCUGUCCACCCCCUCUCAUGCCCGCCUUGCAUGACGUCCACCCCUACUGACCGCCGUCCACACAUCGCCUCCACGCCACACCAUGCUUCUCCACCUCCGGCUGACCCCAGACCUCCACUGUUUACGAUGUCCAGCCCUGCAUUCCUUAAACUAACUAGCACUCGUAUCUACUUUGGUCUCCUUUUAGACUUCAAUGUCCUGCAUCCUUCUAACAGUGGACUGACUUUAACCACUGCUGCACUGAGCACCCCCUAUCCCAUAAACACCAAGCGGCCCUCUUUCGGGCGUAUCUCUCACCGCUCUUACCGUCAUCACUGGGUAAUGUGCAAUCACUCCUGAAAUACUCGAGAAUAUAUUCAUUGUCAUGAAACAGGCAGAGAAAGAGAGAGAGAGAAAAAAAGAGAGAAAAAAAUAGAGAUGUCAUUCUUAACUGUUGGUGAGGAGAGUAGAGAGACUCAGGGGUGGCCACUGAUUAGUCAGUCAUGGGAUUGUGAUAUCUCCAAAGUUUAUGCUAAAAAAGAAACUGAAAUGUUUUAAAAGCGACUUCAGAAAACCGCAAGGCUUAGACGAUGAGACUGAGCUUGCACAAAAAAAGCCGGCACAGGGUAGGUGUAGGGUCUGCAGUUUGCCGCCUGCACUGGGCUGGACAUGCCGCCUCCUCUCAGCUGUCAGGUGUGGAAUGUUGACAUCAGAUGAUGAGGCCAACAGGUGGAAAGCACAGAGUCACGUGUAGAAGCAUGAACGAACGAGAAGCUAACACCAUUACACAACCGCGUCCUCACCCAUCUCAAGAGAUGAGAGCAUUUUCUUUUGUACAUUCAAAUGCUUUAUCACGUCUUAGCAACAUGUCAAAAAGGUAUCAAAGAUAAUGGCAUAAAAAGGGAAAUCAAAGCACAGUAAAGAAAAGUGGAGCAUGAUUGACACAAAAGUGACAGGCCUGUGCUAUUGUGAAAUGCAGUGAGCUCUGACAACUUCUUAGGAUUAUGUCAAGACUGUUCUUUCUUGUUUUAGAGUUAACCUGUAGUAGUAUUACUUGGUAAUUAAUUAGCAUCAUGACUCACAUUAUUUAUGAUAUUUUGUGAUGAUUACUUAGCAUUGUAGAAUGGAAAUACAGUAUUGUCCAUUUUGCUAUAAGUGCAAAAAAAAGUCAGUUUAUGUUGAAGUUAGCUUUGGAUGUACAUGGCCUAGAUGCCCACUUAUGGAGUUAUGCUUGAAGUCAUGUUCCUCAAUGUUAGAUACCUUGACUGAUCUUUGUAGGUGGUUAGAGAGUGGUGAAAACAAACAACAACACAAAACUCCUGUUGUGUAUAUUACAAAAAAAAAAAAUGGGGGAAAAAAUCAAUGCACAGAAACUAGUGGUUGUUUACAUGAAGCCGUAAAAGAGCAAAUUGUCCCUUCUCUUUCUCAGACCCUUUGGGAGUGGAAAUGUCUCAUGAGAUUUUCUACCACAUUGAUUCUACCUGAGCAGAGAAAGGCAGACGCCUGCAUAAUCUCAGCACCACUUGCUCUUACUGCCUUGUCAUUCCUUCUCGGCGGGGGGGAGGAGGAAAGAGUGCGUAGAGUCCCGACCUGUCGCUCGCUUUCGAGUUCCACAGAGCGAGAGUUCGCUCGACUCUCCCCUGCCCGUUCUUGCAUGCCAAGUGCUUUGUGGCCUCUCCCUCGUCUGGUGCCUGGGGCAGUCAUGCAGUAUGCUAAGGCAUCCUCCAUCUGAACCCCACCCACUGCCUCCAGCCCCCACCUCCUUUCCCAAACUGCACAAAGCUCCCACCCCUCUCCCCCCUCCCCUUCUUCAAAUCACCUGAUGCUUUUAGCGUGUGGCUACAGCCCGAUCCGUGUGUGAGUAAUCAGGAAAGCACACAAUAUUCAAUGGUAUGUGACCUCAAAAGUUUCUAUCAAUCUUUCUGCUGCAAGUUUUCAUGGGAGCCCCCCCCCCACCCUCAAGCCCUAUGCAUGAGAUAGUGUGUUGUUGUUCAUGAUGUAGAUGAGGCUUAUCCCCACUCCCCAUCCUCCAACCUAUCCUCUUGACUUCCUUCCUCCUAGCACUUGAUAGUCCCCCCUUACGUUUGUAGCACUGUUCUAGCCCUCCCCUCUUCCCUUAGAUAAACUCUGGUUGCCUGUCAGAACCCCCCCUCCCCCUACAAUAGUGACUGUGAAUAAUGCCUGAAAAAUGUUUACAUUGAUGCAGAAAACCACCCCUUAGUUUUGCAGGGUAAAAGAUAUGUGGUGCACUCUGAAGACUUCAGAAAUUCAGUAUUCCAAAAUUUCUGAGGGGUGGGUUUCUUCAAGUGAAAAGUUUGUGGGUCUGUUUAAUUGGCCGUUUUCCCAUAAAGAUGCAGACACAGAUGAUCUAAUGAAAGAAAAAAUAAAUAAAUUAAAACAUGAUUUACUUGACAAACCUAACACAAGUUUUUAAAAUAAUAUUUAUGUUUAAAACUAAGUCUACCCCAUUCUCCCUGUUCUACAUGUUUACUGCUUAUGGAAUGAUUGCUGCUUUAUCAUAAUGGACUGUAUAUAUGUAGUGCAUGUCCUUGAGAAAGCAGAAAAUAACUUGUAUGUUUGGACUUUGUUUUGCAUGUAAAAAUAUCUAUUUUACAUAGAUCUGGUCCUCACUGACCAAUAAACUCUCAUGUAAACUC